AUGUGCAAUCUCAGCGAUUAUUGGCAAUGUGAGAAUCAUGCGAAUAGCUUCACUCACCCUCCCGGUUAUCGGUCCCUCUCACUGUCCAUCAACACCUUUGUUCGCACUUGUCGUGAGGCUCGGAGUGAUCUUGACAGGGUGUCCCGUGAGCUGCUCUCUCUGCAAACAGUCCUUGAACUUAUCCAGGAGGACGUAACUGAUGAGAGCAAGACAUUUCCUACGACUCUCGAACGCCAUGUCUCGGGUAUCAUAAUCAAUUGCAACUCAGUGGUUGUAGAGCUACAAGAGUGUAUCACCAAAUAUGGCGGCGAUAGUCGACUCAAAUCCAAGGCUGGUUGGGCCAUCAACGGACAAGGGGAUGUCGCAAAGUUGCGCUCGAAUCUUGAAGCUCACAAAGCGGCAUUGGAGUUGGCUCUGGAUAUGUUAUCGCUGCACGUUACCAAAGAGAUUAAAAAUGACACAUCAGAGAUUCGGAAUGAGACAUCAGCGAUAAGAGAUGACACGGCACAAAUUCUGCAAGAAAUACUUCGACUUCAGCAACGAUUACCGAAGCAAGGAGGAAACGACUAUAUCCUUCAGAACUUCCUUGAGGAGAUGACGACAUAUACUGAGAAGGCUUUAGACGGCACCUCUAUUGACGGGGGGGAUUCCAGCACCAAAGCACCGUCUUUUGUCCUUGAGACAGAUGAAGGGAGCCAGAGGCCUUCCGAUCCUGCUCAUCUCUCGGACUGGGAAUUGGAUUCCGCAGCGAGCGACCAAGUCGCAUACAAGCUGAAGAUGAAGAGAUGGGAAGAACAACAGAGCGAGGAAAGGUUAGCUGAAGCAAAACUGAAAGAUGUCCAACGAUCAAUCGAGUCCACGCAGCAACAACCGACCGCUUUCCACCAUUCAGGUCCUCGGGAGCCGUCUGAGGAAGAUGAUGAACUAGGUCCAGUACCGCCCAAGGAUGCUUAUAUCGAAGAAUGGGAGAGGUCUCCAGUUGAGAGUGAAACGGAAUGGUGGGAGAAAAAGGAGAAAGAAUGGCAAGAUCGCAACUACCAGUUAGAUUCGGGUCAACUCCAGCGUCUUAUCACCUCGGCCCAUUCUAUAUCUUCACGAGAAGACGCACAAAGAACAACCCGGACACAUCCGCAUGGUGUGACAGUUCCUGAGAAGAACAAAUCUCAGAGCAGCCCAACAGACCCCAGUGAAAAUCAGUACUGCCACGAUCCCGAAAAGCAAAAAGCUGAGGCAACCAACGAUAUCUCAAGAAAUGCGACAAAGUCAAAUUGUCUUCCCCUCUCAGCAUCUGCCGUUAUGUCAGGAACACAAGACUCCUACUACGUAGAGGUCGAAACUUUCUACGGCAGAUUGGUGAUCAACUGGCCCAUGCCAACUGCGAUCACCGACCUCUUGUCUGAAGAUUACUACAUCGAAUCCUCCUGCAAUAGCUUCACAGCCUUGACGUGCACAGCACAAGAGUUUCCUUCGCAGAAGGACACUCUACGACCCAGGCGAUUCCUGAAGCCCAGAGACAUCAAAGUUGUCUUCUACAUCCCAGUGACUACCAAGACUACUUCUUCUUGUUUUAAACGCCAGUGGGAAUUUAUAACUACUGCAGUCGCUGGAUUAACACGGCGUCUAGAGUUGAGCGGCGAUGUCCCGCCGCCGUGGCACAACAUCGUUAUUGUCGUCGAGGGACCUCCAAGAUGGGACGAUAUUCACCCCGACAUAGAGAUUAUCCUCACAGAGCUUGGCAUACUUUACCAGACAGAUAACCUAGUCACUAAGGUCGACGGCAUGGUGUUAGACCCCCCUUAUCAUAAAGACCAUUGCAAGGUCUUUGGCAAGAUGAUCUAUGGGACAAUACACGAGUAUACAGUACAGCCAACAAUCCGUCCCCAACACACCUGUACCAAGAGCAUCAUGGGUACUGAACCGCUCCAAGUAAUUGCAGUGGCUCCACAAUGGUCUCAAACAGAUUGGGCAUCUCAUAAACCAGCCCUUCCGCAUAACUGGGCAGCAGCUGUCUGCGAGGUCUUGAAGCCAGAGUUCAUAAUGUCUUUGCCAGAACAUCGGAUCCGAGCCAUACCGUCCCCUGGGGAGUUUCUAAAGGGAGUCUGGACUUGUCAAAUACGAUUCAGAACAUCGAAGCACGAGCAAAUCAACCAAUGUGUCUUGACUUCUCCCGAUCAGUUCCAGGCGGAUCGUAAGAACAUGAUCACGCGCUCAAAAGGCGCCCAAGGGUUUGCCAGAAGGCUCUUCGGAAAGUCUGGAUCUAAAUAG